AUGGAACCUUUGCCAACUUGCAUGAUAUCCGACAGGUUUAUUCCUCAAAUCUCCGGAAUUGUAGAGAGGUUAGGUCUUAAAAGAACCAUCUUUGACGGAACGGAAUGGGUUGUUCAAAUUCAUUUCUUGUUCCUAGUUUACCCCCAUGAAAUUGAAUUAACAAGAAAACAGAUAUCGAAUUUCACUUAUCCGGAAUUACCUUCAGUGCUAGAAUAUCUAGACAAAAUAAGGGAAGUUAAUCAUCGUUCUUACGGGAUUAUAAUCAACAAUUUUCAAGAAUUAGAACCUGAUUACAUCAUGGAGUUGCAAAAAAUAUACAAAAACAGAGCACGGUGCGUUGGACCCUUAUCUCUCGGCACCAAAGAGAAGAAAGAAAAUGCUAUUAGAGGAAAUAACACAGCAAUAAAAGAGCACAAAUGUCUUAAAUGGAUCAAUAAUCAAGACUCGGGCUCUGUUAUUUACCAUGUCUUGGAAGCCUGA